AUGUCUCUAACCAAGCAGAGUUACUCUCGCGACCCAGACGCCUUCCCCACUGUCCAGCUCUUUCUCCUGGCCAUCGUCCGACUCGCGGAACCCAUUGCCCUCACGUCCAUCUUUCCCUACGCCUGGGAGCUCGUCAAGAGGUACGAGGUAGGGAACGAGGAAGAUGCAUCCUUCUACGCGGGCCUGCUCAUCUCGGCCUUCUCCCUGGCGGAGGCCCUGAUGGGCAUGUACUGGGGCGGUCUCUCUGACAAGAUUGGCCGCAAGCCUGUUCUCCUCAUCGGCUGCAUCGGCACCAUGUUCAGCUUGGUCAUGGUCGGCUUUGCCUCCAACAUCUGGCUCGCCCUCCUCGGACGGGCCCUCGGCGGUCUCCUCAACGGCAACAUUGGCGUCAUCCAGACCAUGGUCGGUGAGAUGGUCAAGAAGCCUGAACAUGAGCCCCGCGCCUACUCGGUCAUGCCCUUUGUCUGGUCCAUCGGCACCAUCCUGGGCCCCUUUAUUGGUGGCACCAUGGCCAACCCGCACAAGUCGUGGCCCGCGGCCUUCCCCGUCGGCAGCCUGUUCUACAACUUCCCCUACCUGCUGCCCAACCUCGUCUGCGCCGCGCUUCUCCUCGUCAGCAUUGUGCUCGGCUGGUUCCUCCUCCAGGAGACCCACCCCGACAUGCAGUCCACGUCGUCGAUGGCGCCGAGCACGUUUGUGUCCGAGGAGACGCCGCUGCUCGCCACGACGGACGCCAUGAAGAGGCCCGCCGUCGACCUGCGCGACGACACGUACGGCAGCGUCCGGGGCCGCAGCUGCAGCCUGAGCGCCGGCGACUGGGCGCAGCUCGACGAGAAGAAGGAGGAGCCGUCGUACGACAUUUUCACCAAGCGCAUCAUGACGCUCGUCGUGGCGCUGUGCAUCUUCACCUACCACUCGAUGACGUACGACCACCUGAUGCCCAUCUUCUUCGAGGACGACCGGGCCGACAGCGGCAGCAUGAGCCUCUUCUCUGCGGCGGCCUCGUCCGUGGCCGGGAGCCUCGGCGCUGGCGGUCUCGGCAUGACGACCAGGGCCGUCGGCAUGAUCAUGGGCGUCAACGGUGUCAUUGCGCUCUUUGUGCAGGCCGUCAUUUUCCCCCUCGCUGCCCAGAAAUUCGGCGUGUACAAGCUGUUCAUUGCGGUGACGGUGCUCCACCCCAUCGCCUACGUCCUCGUGCCGAACCUGCUGCUCGUGCCCGAGGCCAUGGUCUACCCGGCGAUCUACUUCUGCCUCGCUGUGCGCAACGUGCUGUCGAUCAUCCUCUACCCGCUCCUCCUCAUCCUCAUCAAGGAGGCGGCGCCGUCGCCCAAGGCUCUCGGCAAGCUCAACGGCAUGGCGGCCAGCGCGAGUGCCGGGUGCCGCAUGAUCGCGCCUCCCGUUGCCGGCCUGCUGUACACGUACGGCACCAAGAUCAACUGCUCGGGCCUCGCAUGGUACGGCAGCGCCGUCGUCGCCGUCAUGGGUGCUGUGCAAUGUUUUGCCGUCCCGCGCCAGAGGUGCGACGGCGACUGCGCCGAGGAGGCUGGCCGGGCCAGCGUGCCCAAGCAGCCGACGAUUGUCGUGACUGAGGUGGUCGACGACGAGCGCAUGUGA